UUCGAUAAUGCGCCAAUAAAUUAUUUCUCAUUACAGUUGCUAUCGAUAUGUCUGUACGCCGCAGAAGUGAUCCAGCUAUGAUUCAGCGGAUUUGGGAUACGAUCAAAAUCACGGUACAUCAAAGGAGCUUACCUAGUAAUGACCGUAUGGUACGGCACAUGGCUCGUGUUUACGGCUUCACAGAACAAGAAGCUCAAGAUGAGCUCAACAAGGCGGUCGAGGACGGGCUCGUCUUAUUGAAGAAAGUACCCACGAAAAGCGGCGUUGAGCAAGAGAGUUACAGAUUGCCGCCGGUAGACGUAUCGCAGGACGAUAAUCACGAUUGGUACUGUUGCAAAUGCCAACGAGCAGGUGCGGUCGAAUGCUGUGAACAAUGCUGCAGGGUCUAUCACUCAGAGUGCCACGUACCCAGUAAUACGAAAUUAAAGAUUUGUAACUUUUGCGAGAAAAUAAAUAGCGACGUAUAUCCCGACAAGAUCGAUCUCAAUCAUAUUCUUAGUUUCACCUGUGGCCAUCUGAAAGCGAAAUUACCGCCGGAAAUUACAAAUCGUACCAUUGUUUUCAAUAAUGAUCCGAUCGUUACACCACCCAACGGUUUUUCGGGAUUGACCUGGGUGAGCGAGGGUGAAGACGCAUGGCGGCCAGGGAUUCUCAUAAAGCGUCACAUGGAUUUGGCGGUAAUGGACGCGAAAACGGACAAUAAUGAGUACAACAAUCUCGCCGAAUUUGAGGCUGAUGCACAUAAUAUUCUACAUAACAUCAUAAUAUAUCACGGAGUUAAUAGCGUGAUAGCGGACAUGGGACGCAUGAUGUAUCAAGACUGUUGCUACGACCUUCAGGAAAUACGUCGUUGUGCGGACUGUUAUCGUAUAUCGAACGAAAAAUCCGAAAAAAUGUGGUUCUGCAUACCGUGUAAUCCCCCUCAUAAAUUGGUCUAUGCAAAGCAAAAGGGAUACCCAUAUUGGCCGGCGAAGGUCAUGCAAGUUAAUGGCAAUGUAUACGACGUGCGUUUUUUCGGAGGUCAUCACAUGAGGGCUAAUAUCGAGAAAGUUUUCAUUCGGCCAAUCUUUUCCACAUUACAAAGUUUGCAGAUAAAAAAAUCAACCGCUUGGAAUAGGGCUUUCGAAGAGCUAAAGCAUCAUCAGCACUUGUUGCAAAAGUUGGGAAAAAAUAAGGAGGAUAACUCAAAUAUAACAGAGGAUCCUACGCCUGCGAAAAUUCGAAAAUUGGAAUCGUCGAGUUCGAAGAGUUCAUCACACGGUUCUAGUUUGCCAAAGCAGCUGAUUAAAGAUUUGAGAGUGAGAGUCGAACGCUUGAGUUCAGAUGGUAAUAUUGAAACGCAAAAUGUAAACGAUGGAACGGAUAAUAAAGGAGACGUUGCGAAAACUAACGCCGAGAAUGAAGAAAGACAGGUGCCUUGUUUACCUGUGGCGGAAGAUGAACCCGCGAGAGAAAGCAUAACGAGCACAUGUCCUCAAGGUUUGAAGAAGGAAGGCUCCCAAGAAGAUAUGGUUACAUCUAGCUGCCAAGAACCGAGAUCGAAGUGCGUUCUCGUACAAACUGAACAAAUUCAAACGGAUGGGCUUCCCGCCAAGAUCAAAAGAGAACGCAGAACUUCGGAACAACCGACAACAACGGCGCUAGAAAAAUUGCGCCGUGAAUUAGAACUUGAAAAGUGCAGAGAAUUAGAGAGACUACAAGCGGAGCACGCCAAAGAAUUGCGGCAAUUAACCGAUAGACAUCAACAAAUCGUAUCUGACAUCAAAAAGAAACAAUGGUGUUAUAAUUGCGAAGCUGAGGCGAUAUAUCAUUGUUGUUGGAAUACCGCAUACUGCAGCACGGACUGUCAACAGGUUCACUGGCAGCAUGCACAUAAAAGAGUAUGCAGGCGUAAGCGCUAAUUCAUGUGACGAAUAUAAUGAGUACAAUAAUAUAUAAGAAAGCGUUCAAACUUCAAACAGAUUUAAAAAAUUAUGUUAUAAAAAAAUAUAUAUUAUA